CACGAAACUCCGUCAGACUUUCUCCCUGUUUGUCAGAGCGCUCAGAGCGGAUGGAAACCCAGUCGUAUCACCUAAUUGAACCGAUCACGAAUACUAGGAAGCGCAUACAACUCGCCAAUCCGAAAGCCAGAAAAGGCCAUCCGAAAAAGACAGGAAUCCGUUGUCGACCAUGCAGUCCGCUUCAAGUGCACCUCUGUCGUCCUCUGGCAGGACGCCCUUGCCUGUAGCUCAGCUGGCCGUCCUCAUGAUCGUCAGGUUGGCUGAACCGAUCUCGUACACCUCCCUCUUUCCCUACAUCAACCAGCAAGUCGGCGAACUUGGAAUUGCCGAAAACGAAGACCGUGUGGGAUACUACAGCGGAGUAGUCGAGGCCGUCUUUGCGGGCGUACAGGUUUUUACGGUAUAUAACUGGGCCACGCUGUCCGACAAGAUCGGCCGGAAACCCGUCAUCAUGCUUGGCUUGAUGGGCGUGGCCAUCUCGAGCGCAUUGUAUGGAUUCUCGACAAAGUACUGGCAGCUGAUCGUCACUCGGAGUCUUUCCGGAGCCUUGAAUGGUAAUGUGGCCGUCGUUCGGGCUGCCGUAUCAGAAAUUACCGACGAGUCGAAUGCUCCCGAUGCUUUCGCGCUCUACGGUCUCGUAUGGAUAUUGGGAUCCGUCUUCGGUAACGCCAUCGGAGGUUACCUGUCCCAUCCGGUAGAACGGUAUCCCCACCUGUUCGCAGUCGGCGGAAAGCUGGAAGAACAUCCCUAUCUCUUGCCUUGUCUCGUCACGACCGGUAUCACGUUGGCUGGAUUGCUAUUCACGGCGCUUUUCAUGAGAGAAACUCACGCAGGGUUAUUGUACCGUCAAAGCAAAUCCGACAAUCGACCUUCCGCGGCGACUUAUAAACCGGUAGAAUCGGAUGAGACCAAGUUGGACUCCAUGAACGGGGACGCUCAGGACGACGACGAUGACACACGAACCCUUGUCGGGGACCCCGACUCGCCGACCCUCAAAUCCCCCCGGUCGUUCUCGGAUAUAUUAGACGGUUUCGACAAGCCAGGUGAAGAGGUGGACGACUGGGAUCCAGACGAUCAGGUGCAUUGGGGAUUGAAGGAGCUAUUGAGCGUCAAAUCAAUCCAAAGGAUGCUGUUGUCCCUAUUCCUAUUAUCUUUUAUUGGGGGUGGAUGGGCAGCUUUGAUCUUGCUGUACGCUUACACGCCUACUCGCUCUGGCGGUCUUGGGAUGACUCCCAGUGCCAUCGGCACGGCCUUGAGCAUUCAAGGGUUAUGGUCUGUUGUCUGUCAGCUCACUUUCUUGAGCAAGAUGCAACGUAAAUAUGGCACGGUGCUCGCAUUCCAGCGGUUGAAUGCUGGCUGGGUCUUGGUUUUCCUGACAUUACCGUUGGUCCGGGUCGUCGCCGUCUUUUCGGAGGGUCAACAUGCCGGAGAGAACGGCGAAUCUCGAAGCUGGCUCAUGUGGAUCGCUUUGAUGGCUUGGUUGGCAUUGUCAACAUUUAUUGGCAUGAGCCAUUCCGUCAGCAUGGUUGUGGUUCAGUUGGCGUGUCCCGACAAAAGGGCGAUCGCGGGUUUGAAUGGGGUCAGCACGUGUGUCCAAUGUCUUUCCCGGGUCAUCGGCCCCUGGUUGGUCAGUUCGGUUUUUGCACUAUCAAUCGAUCAAAAGGUCUUGAAUGGGAACCUCUGGUGGAUCUUCAUGGCGGUGAUUUCGAUCAUCUCCGCAUUCGUGUCUUUGCUCCUCGAGGACAAAAGCCGAUCCGGUACAACCUUCGAGAUGGGAUCUCGAGUGUCAACCGCUUAGAUGCACGAUAGUUUGUAGAGCAAGCGUAUGACGCGACUGAACGAGGUCUGAAAAUACACUGUAGCGCAUUCCAGAAUCUAGUUGUAGCCUGACUUGUAUCUUUAGGUCCUAUAGCCUUCCAUACAUUAUACAUGCGGUGCAGGUUCGAUCGUCGGUCAUGGCCAACGUAACAAGGAUGAAACGAAGCGCUUCCCGGGCUAUCGGCCGGACGGACUCGGAAGCAAAUUCGAGUAAACACUCGCCGAAGGGACAUGUCUUCAAGCUUCUUCUAGCUUUCAACUUCUAGCUGCUC